AUGCUUUUUGUAUUGGUUUCCUUCUUUUUUUUUUCUUUUUUUUUUAGUUUGUUUCAUUCGUAUUUAUUUCCUUUUUUUCACUUUUUUUUCUCCCUUUAUUUACGAUUUAUUUUCUUAUACCGCUCUUUCUUUUCUGUUCCUUCUGUCUCUCGUAUAUUUCUUUACACUUGUCUUUUUUCCUUUGUCUUUUUUUCAUUUUCGUUUGGUUCUCUUUGUUUCUCUUCUUUCUUUUCAUUUCUGGGAUUCUUCAUAUAUUCUUUUCUUCUUUUUUUCUUUUUUUCCGUUUUCCUUAUACUUUAUUUAUUUUACAUUCUUUCUUUCCUUCUUUUUUAUUUUACUUCUGAAACUCGUCCGUUAGAUAUUUUUCUUUUUACUUUUUUCUAUCGUUCUUAUUACUCUUCUAUCUAUUUCAUUUUCUCUUCCUUACGUUUAUUUUACUUUCCUGUCUUAUCUUUUCUUUGUAACAGAUGUUUUAUUCAUAUCUUUCUCCUUUUCGGGUUCAUGCCUUCUUUUUCUUUUUUAAUAAAUUAUCUCUCUGGAUUAUUCUGUUUUCACUUCUCUUUCUUUGUUCCUUUCUUAAUUCUUUCUUCUUUUUUUUUACUUCUCUUUCUUUUUCGUAACGUUUGCUGGCUUCCUUCAUGUCUUUAUUCAAUUCCCUUCCUUUUUUUUUCUUCCCUCCUUCCUACCUUCCUUCCUUCUUUGCUUUCUUUCUACCAUGCUUACUCCCUAUCUGUCUUUCUUCAUCUAUUUCUUUUUUUUUGCGUAAUUUUAUUUCUUAAUUUAAUUUCUAUCUUGUUUCAUGCUUCGUUUCUAUUUUAUUCUUUCAUUCUUUCGGGCUUUCUUUCUCAUACGUUCUUUUCAUGUUUUUUUUUAAUUUAUUUCUUAAUUUAA